GCAACGUAUACAACAUGCUCAGAUACCCGUAACUAUAAAUGACUGACUCAUGGUCAUGGGACCUGAGACCGAGAGUUGAGGUAGACAAUCUUUCCAAAGGGAAGCGGGGUUUUACGAGCCAAGUUUCACGAUGAAACUAUUGACGUUCCUAGCAGGAGUAAGUGCUGUCGCUGCACUAAACAACGGGGUAGCCCGCACGCCGCCAAUGGGGUGGUUGUCAUGGGAACGAUUUAGAUGCAACAUUGACUGCAAACAUGACCCGAGCAAUUGUAUCAGUGAGAAUCUCUACAUGAGGAUGGCGGACAUCAUAGCGGCGGAGGGAUACAAAGAGGCGGGUUACCAGUAUGUGUGUAUUGAUGACUGUUGGCUGUCCAAGUCACGUGACAGUAAUGGCCGCCUGCAGCCCGACCCGGAUAGAUUCCCGCACGGCAUGAAGGCAUUGGCGGACUAUGUUCACUCCAAGGGUCUAAAGCUCGGCAUCUAUGAAGAUGUCGGGGCGGAAACGUGCGCAAGGUAUCCUGGGAGUAGAGGUCACUAUCAGACUGAUGCGCAGACAUUCGCUGAGUGGGGGAUAGACCUGUUGAAGUUUGAUGCAUGUAAUAUUAAUCCGGAGGACUUUGAUGAAGGUUACCGUCAAAUGGGGUUUUACCUGAACCAGACUGGUCGACCCAUCCUGUACUCGUGUGAGUGGGCGAUAGGGGAGAUAAUGCACCGGCGGCAGGCUAAUUACACGGCAAUCUUGGAGGUGUGCAACACCUGCAGGAACACCGUGGACAUCACCGAUCAGUGGAAAAGUGUCCUCAAUAAAGUCAACAACUACGCCAAAGACAGCGGCAACUUCAGCAAGAUAGCCGGGCCCGGGGGCUGGAAUGACCCCGAUGAGCUUGUGAUAGGCGACUUCUCACUCAGUCCUGACCAGGAACGAACACAGAUGGCGCUGUGGUCGAUGUGGGCGGCCCCACUGAUCAUGUCAGUAGACCUACGUAACAUGCGGCCUGAGUCCAAAAGCCUCCUUCAGAACAAAGGAGUGAUUGCUGUCAACCAGGACCCGUUGGGGAUCCCGGGUACUGUUAGACUGACGAUGCGUAAGGUUUCUGUUUGGACACGACCUAUCCUCCCAAAGGGGAGCCUUGCCGUCGUGGUGUUCAACUCGCAGUCAGGUGGUGCUCCUCUGAAUGUCUCGGUGCCUGUGCACCGCCUCAUUAAUGGCAAUGCACUUGAUUACCUCAUCACCGAUACAUUCACAGGGUCUAAACUGGGAAAGCUGACGUACCACCAGGACUUGACAGUGCGGGUUAAUCCAACUGGCGUUGUCAUGGUGACAAUGACUCCGGCCUGAUUACCUUGGGCGAAGGAUGCAAUGAUGACUCAAUGUCCGUACUUUGUCUCAACGAGAACCUUCAUCAAGAAUACCCUUUUCGGGCUUGUUGUCUAAGUUAUACAGUAAAACACCAUUGUGUCCAAAAUUGUGACGAAGAAGCCCGGGUCUUCAGCGUAACGAGCGAACGCUUUAACCACUAGGCUACCCCACCGCCCCUGUCUCGAAGUAAAAGCUUGGUCCUCGCAUAUUCCUUAUUUAAUCAUCCUUUGGCGGCUGUGUCGAACUUUUUGACUCGAAGUAUUUCCAUAGGCCCCUUCGACUUCGACACAAAGGUGUUUUCUUGUGUAUUCUGAAGGAUGCUGAACUAAAUUGAAACACUGACUGUUGUUUCAUGCAAUCUAUACUCAGACACCGCCCUGGUGGCAGGGAAGUGUUUGCUUUGUUUGUGUUUCACUAGUGGGUAGCGUGUGAUCACGCUGGGACAGUGAAAUAUUGAAAUGGAAACGAAACGAAACAAUGAGAUUAGUUUUUGAUUAAAAUCAUUAAUUUUUGUUGGAUCUGUUAUUAAAGUACUUUCGAUGAUAUUUAAUGCAGAAUUUUAUCACGUAUGUUAAAUUCUUUCAUAAGGAGCCACUUAAUAAGGAAACUACUUUCCUGUUUCAUACUAAUAUCAAUACGUCGAGUUUUUGGUUGGCUGUAGUCACGAAACCUUGUAAUAUAUUUAUAAACCAGAAGAGGCUUUCCAUAAACAUUGCACCUCGUUAUGCUUCAGUCUUUUGGGGGAUGUAUUUAAAAUGUUAUCACACAAAAUGUUGAAUAUCAACAUUCAAAUUCAAAUUCUAUUUCAUCAUGCAAUUUACUGCAUCUGUUAUUCACAUGUUUAUGUGGAACAUCGAUGUUUUGUAAACUACAUUAUGAAUCUAUUAGAAACAUCCUUUCUUUCAAUUAACGCGUCCUGAAGAAAAGAACAUUUCUUAAAAUAUCAUUUCCAUCACCACUGCUUAUGCAUUUAAUAAUUACAAUCUUAUUAAUUAUUCUGAUGACAAUGUCAUAGUUCUAACCACUUGAUGCCAAUAUUUGGUUUUGUAUUUUCAUGUUAACCUGUUUAUAUUUCUAUAACCAACUGUUAUUUUUUACAAUACAUAUUUCUUUACAAUAAA